CCUGCGCACCCGGCUAGGGUCCCCGGGCUCGCGGCUGCGGCUUCUGCUCGGGGAGGCGUAAGGCGGCGGCGGGAGCGGUCAUGGAGGCGGGCGCCGGAGCCGGCGCGGGAGCCGCGGGCUGGAGCUGCCCAGGACCAGGACCCACAGUGACCACUCUAGGCUCCUAUGAGGCUUCCGAGGGCUGUGAGAGGAAGAAGGGCCAACGCUGGGGUUCCCUGGAACGACGAGGGAUGCAAGCUAUGGAGGGGGAGGUGUUACUCCCAGCUCUCUAUGAAGAGGAAGAGGAAGAGGAGGAAGAAGAGGUGGAAGAAGAAGAAGAACAAGUGCAGAAAGGUGGCAGUGUUGGCUCUCUGUCAGUCAACAAGCACCGGGGACUGAGCCUCACGGAGACAGAGCUGGAGGAGCUGCGGGCUCAGGUGCUGCAGCUGGUGGCAGAAUUGGAGGAGACCCGGGAACUGGCAGGGCAACAUGAGGACGACUCCCUGGAGCUACAGGGGCUCCUGGAGGAUGAACGGCUAGCCAGUGCCCAGCAGGCAGAGGUGUUCACCAAGCAGAUUCAGCAGCUCCAAGGUGAGCUGCGUUCUCUGCGUGAGGAGAUUUCCCUGUUAGAGCAUGAGAAGGAAAGCGAACUUAAGGAAAUAGAACGGGAAUUGCAUUUGGCCCAGGCUGAGAUCCAGAGUCUGCGGCAAGCAGCGGAGGAUUCUGCAACUGAACAUGAGAGUGACAUAGCGUCCCUGCAGGAGGAUCUCUGCCGGAUGCAGAAUGAACUUGAAGACAUGGAACGCAUUCGGGGAGAUUACGAGAUGGAGAUUGCCUCCCUCCGUGCAGAAAUGGAAUUGAAGAGCUCUGAACCAUCCAGUAGUUUAGGUCUCUCAGAUUACUCUGGGUUGCAAGAAGAACUGCAGGAGCUACGGGAACGCUACCAUUUCCUGAAUGAGGAAUACCGGGCCCUGCAGGAGAGCAACAGCAGCCUCACGGGGCAGCUUGCAGAUCUGGAGAGUGAGAGGACGCAGAGAGCAACAGAGAGAUGGCUGGAGUCCCAAACACUAAGUAUGACGUCAGCAGAGUCUCAGACUUCGGAAAUGGAUUUCUUAGAGCCUGAUCCUGAAAUGCAGCUGUUACGGCAGCAGCUACGGGAUGCCGAAGAGCAGAUGCAUGGCAUGAAGAACAAGUGUCAGGAAUUGUGUUGUGAGUUGGAAGAGCUACAGCAUCAUCGCCAGGUCAGUGAGGAGGAGCAGAGGCGGCUGCAGAGGGAGCUCAAGUGUGCUCAGAAUGAGGUGCUUCGGUUUCAGACCUCCCACAGUGUCACUCAGAACGAGGAGCUGAAGUCCAGACUCUGUACCCUGCAGAAAAAAUAUGAUACUAGCCAGGAUGAGCAGAACGAGCUCUUGAAGAUGCAGCUGCAGCUUCAGGCUGAGCUCCGGCAGCUCAAAGUCAUGAAAUCCACACUUGUAGAAAAGCAGAGUGAGAAGGAGUUACUGUGCCGGCUGCAGAAGCUGCAGCUCCAGCACCAGAACGUCACAUGUGAGAAGGAAAAGCUGCUGGUACGGCAGCAGCAGCUGCAGGAGGAGCUGCAGUGCCAUGAGGCGGAGCUGCAGCACCUCAGGGAUACGGUGGCCUCCUUCAAAGAGAGCAAUGAGAAGACCACAGAGAUGCACGCUCAGCUUCAGGAGAUGAAGCAGCUGUACCAGGCCAGCAAGGACGAGCUGGAACGGCAGAAGCACAUGUAUGACCAGCUGGAGCAGGACCUCCUGCUCUGCCAGCUGGAGCUGAAAGAGCUCAAGGCCUCCCAGCCCAUUCCGGAGGACAAAGGAAAGUGUGCUAAUAAGUGUGACACACUGCUGUCCAGACUGACAGAAUUGCAGGAAAAGUACAAGGCCAGCCAGAAGGAGAUGGGGCAGCUGCAGAUGGAGCAGUGUGAGCUCCUGGAGGACCAGAGGAGGAUGCAGGAGGAGCAGGGCCAGCUGCAGGAAGAGCUGCACAGGCUCACACUGCCACUGCCCAAGAGUGGCCUCUUACUCAAGAGUCAGGAGCUACUCACCAAGUUAGAAGACCUGUGUGAGCUGCAGCUGCUCUACCAAGGCAUGCAGGAGGAACAGAAGAAGCUGAUACAGAACCAGGACUGUGUAUUAAAAGAACAAUUAGAGAUCCACGAAGAGCUGCGACGUUUCAAAGAGUCUCAUUUCCAGGAAGUGCUGGAGAAUCCCGAUGAUUCCAAAUUGGCUAAGUCCUCAAAAUGUAAUCGAAACAAGCAAUCCAAGCUGCUCAUGGAGCAGAUGCAGGCCCUGCAGGUGCUGUAUGACGCCGGUCAGGCGGAGCAGGAGCUCUUGCAGCAAGAGCAAGGGAGGCUCCUAGAGGAGCGGAAGAGACUGCAGGCAGACUUGCAGCUCUGCCUGGAAGAAAUGCAGCUGCUUCAAGUCCAGUCCCCUUCUAUAAAAAUGAGCCUUGAGUCCUACGGGAAGAGCUAUGGUAGCAUGGCCCCCAGCAAUGAGAACUGCCGUAAGACUUAUGAUACCACUGUGGAUGACAAUGAGAGCUAUAACAAGAGUUAUACCAGCACCCAGACCAGCAGCGAGAGCUUUCUCAAGAGCUAUGACAGCAGCACCAGUGCCAGUGAGGCCUAUGGGAAGAGUUACUGCACCACCAGCGACAGCAGCAUUACCUAUAAGAAGAGUUACGGCAGCACCAGUAGCUCUGACACCUGCCAGAAGAGUUUUGUCAGCAGCUGCACUGACGAGGAACCUGCUGAGCCUGAAGACAUGGAGCGCUUUGAGGAAAUGGUUGCAAAGGUGCUGAUCAAGCUGCAGACGGUGCAGGCCAUGUACCAGAUAAGCCAGGAGGAACACAGCCAGCUGCAAAAGCAGAUGGAAAAGUUACUGGCCAAGCAGAAAGACCUGAAGGAAGAGCUGGAUGCCUGUGAAAGGGAGUUCAAGGAGUGCAUGGAAUGCCUUGAAAAGCCCGUGGCCCCCCAGAACGACAAGAAUGAGAUCAAAGAACUGCAGACCAAGCUGCGAGAGCUGCAGCUGCAAUACCAGGCUAGCAUGGAUGAGCAGGGGCGGCUUCUGGUAGUGCAGGAGCAGCUGGAGGGGCAGCUGCAGUGCUGCCAGGAGGAGCUCCGCCAGCUCAGGGAGAAGAGGCCCUCUGUUGUCAAAGAAGCCCGGGGAAAGAAUGCUAAUAAGAACAUGAACAAGAAUGCCAAUGGGGUUAAAAUGAAAAAGGUGAUCAAGCCGUGCUCGGAUACUUCUGAGAGUGACUUUGAGACCAGAAAGAGUCUGGAGGUGGUGCUGUACUACAAAGCCAGCCAGAGGAAAUUAGAUGGACUAGCAAAAGAGGAGGAAAAGAAAGAGGAGAUGAAAGAGGAAAAAAAGGAAGUGAAAGAGGAAGCAAAGGAGCAGUGUGGGGAUGAGCUAGUUGCUGAGCCAGCAGAUCCUGGGGAAGCUAAAUCCACAGAAGAUCAGGAGGAAAAUGAAGGGGACAAAGAGCAAGAGGAGAAGGAAGAAAACAGUGAAGAGGAGGAAGAUGACGUUGACUCUUCCCUUGAAAGUCCCGAAGAAAACAACCCCCUCAGACUUUCCGAGAGCAAAAAGUCAUCCCCUACCCCCGAUCCCCCCAUCUUCUCCUUGCCUCUUGUAGGCCUGGUGGUCAUCUCGGCUUUGCUCUGGUGCUGGUGGGCUGAGACGUCGUCCUAAUGCAGGUACUGGUAUUGCUUCCUCUCCUUCUGAGGGAUAGAGGGAGGGUGCAGGUUGCCCUGGCCUCUCCUCUUUCCCUUUUCUCCCAGCUGCUUGCUUCUUGCUUGUGCUAUUUUACAAUAGGUGAUGCUCAGGUCUGUUUUAGUUCUGACUUUUCCUUGGGCUACUGCAAAGCCUGUGACAUCUCUGAGCAUGUCUUCGUAAUGCAUAGGAGGUUGGAAUGCUUGCCAGAGACAUGGUUUGAGUUUCAAUCCUUGGCUGGGAAAAACUUGGCUAAGCCCAGCUCGGUUGCUACUGUCAAAGCUGCCUCACGACUACUUUUUCCCCGCUCAUCCUCUGUGUGAUGGCUAGCCUGACCACUUCUGAUGAGCUGAUGUUUGUCUCCAAGGCUGGCCUGGACUCUCUUUGUCUUUAACUCCAGAGUCAAGUUCUCACUACUGUUGCUACCCAGGAUGGCAAAAUAAGGAAUCCCUCUUCCGUUGGGAGAGAGAGGAGGUCUGAAGAGCUCUGAGGCUCAUGAUCGUCCCAGGGGCAUUGGUAGGAGGGCAACCUAAGUUGGUCCGUCAAGCUUGGUGAAACGGAACUGAACCCUUACUGUAUUCUGCUCUUUCUACUGAACAGUUCUCUGCUUCUGGACUUCCAGUCUCCAGAAAAAUCAGAACAGAAUGCCGGGAAAUUUUAUUAGUUCUCUGUUUAUCUCUUUUGUGGGUCAGAUUCCAUGGUAAUUGGCUUCCCAAGCUAGGUUUUCUGGAGAGAAUGUGGUAUUAGUGAAAAGUUUCUACUAGCCAGAGAUCUGUGUUCUCAGGAAAUUAAGACUGAUUUAUUCUGGCCACUUUCCAGUCAGCUCCCACACAUGUAAUCUAGGCUGUCAACAGGAUACCAAAUUCAGGAGGGAGAAUGUGGUCUUACGGCCUAAGGUGGAAGACUGGGGUUCCACCUGCCUUCUGGAACCCAUAAGGUAUUCUCUCUAGUCCUGUGUUGCUUCUUUCUCAUGCUGUCCCUGCCUCCCCCUCUACUCCCCUCUCUUCUCAUAUUCCUGUGAACAGAAUGUAGCUUAAUGCACAGGGUGGCAGCUGGAGCAUUUGUUGGUGGCACUUCUCUCCAUUUCCUUUUCUGUCCUUCCUCCUGCUCCCUCCCCAGCUUUCCUAUUACUCAUCUUCAAGCUUCCACCUUUCUUCUUGACUUUAGGUAUUCCCUUUACUCUCUGGUCCACAACUGCUUUAGUGAUGGGACCCCUCUCUAUGACUCUUUCUCCCCUGUGCCCCCCCCCUCCCCGCCAGAAAUCUUAAGGCACUACAGGUGAGACCCAAAGCAUUCAGCCACAGCCUUCCACCACCUCAGACUCAGCCUGGCCCAAUCAGGGGGAGAGGAAGAACUGCUGGUGAAGGGUUCUACUGGUGGGGCCUGUUAUCCCCAGAGCUCCAGGAGGCCCCAACAUGCAACUGUGCAGCCAGGACCUGAGGGAGCCCAGUGUGGUAGAAAGCAUGGCUGCCAGGCGGUCAGAAGAACUCGGUUGAGUCUGCCUCUAUUGACAGCCAUUGUCCCAGGGAGCAAAAUGCACAUUCUGAGCUCCAGCUUCUUCAAAUGUAAACAAAGGAUGAUCAAACCUCUGCCCUCCUCACAGGUUUUUGUCAGGACCAGAUGGGUUAAAAUAGAUGAAAGUAUUCUAUAAAUUAUAAAAUACCCCAUCAUUAAUAAAAAGAGCACACACUUACAAAAUGCAGCCUAUGUGUUAGGCACUGUUCUAAUCACUUAGGUAUAUUAACUGAUUUAAUCCUUGCAACAACCCUGUGAAGAAGCUACUCCUAUUAUUACUUUAUAUAUGAUUAAACAAAGGCAUAGAGAAGUUAAGUAAAACAGCCAGGAAGCUGCGAAUCAGUUUAGAAGGACUCAAUAUUAGCAACAGAUAAGAUUCCAAUCUUGCUUCCCCUUAUCAUCUCUUCUCAUUUUGAGCAGUUUCUCUUCGUUGGUCCCAAGUAGGAAGACACCACACUUCUGUUUAGGCAACCUCAGAUCACAUUAGCUCUUUAGGUAACUAAUAUAUUAUUAAUUUAUUUCAUGUGUUGUUUAUGAGCCCCUCUGCAGAUUGUGUAUGCUAAGCGUCCUUUCCCCAUUCUGUACCUGCAUUUGAUUUUGAGGCUUCAAAGGCAGAAUUUUCCAUUCUUCCCUAUUAUAGUUCAUUGUUCUUACCUUAUGAGGUUCUGUGUGUAUGUGUUUUUAAUCUUGACCCUGUGGUUUUAAAAUACUCACUUCCUCUGCCACCUUCACAUCGUCUACAGGGGUGGCAAGCCCACCUUCCCUAUCUUCAUCUACAGAGGACAGAGUGAGGACAGAGCCUCUAGAGUGUCGUCUCGUGGAGUUCUUUUAUUCAGCUCAUUGGUCACUUACCUGCAUUCAACAUACUGUACUGUCAUCCUACCCUUAUUUCUGCAUAUUAUCUGCAAAGAUCAUAGAAAAUCCUGUCAAACAACUCAACAUCCAAAAACAUGAUUCUGGUGAUUUGUCACUUAGCUCACCUAGUUUAAAAGGAGAGUUUGACACAACUUACCCCUUUGGGACACCCACACCGGCCCUUUCCCCAUCCCAUGCAGAAGCUUGCCUUUGCCCAGUGUGAGGUACACCAGUCACAUUUAAGGAUUUCAGCUCCUCCCUCCUUUAAGAACACCAGACUAACAUCCUUAGCAAUGCACUUUAGGAUAGAAGCAUCUGACCAUGUCAAUAUUUUUUUCUAGCUAGCUCCCUUCUUAGUUUUGUUUUUGGUUUUAGAGACAGGGUCUCACUCUGUCACCGAGGCUCCAGUGCAGUGGCACGAUCAUGGCUCACUGUAACUUUGAACUCCGGGUAUCAAGCGAUCCUCCUCCAUCAGCCCAUCUCUUGGUUUUCUUACAUGAAUUACUCUGUAUAUCCACCUCUAACGUUGCUUGGCUUUCCAUUUCAUAUCUUCUGUUGUUCUUAGUAGCUAUUUUCUACAAGCUCAGGAGAUUUUCUUGCUCUUUAGCAGGCUUAAAAUCCUCUUUUUAGAUAAAUUAUCAUCUGAGAAAAUGCAUUAUUAGCAUUAAUGGGCUAUAUUCCAUUUUUACUUGGAACCAUCCUUCUCUUACCUAUGCUAUAGCUUAUGACUCUGACUCAAAAUCCAAAUUCUACCUUUCAGGCAGUAGAGCAAAAAAAUAAUAAAAAUAAAACCUAUUUCCCCAAGUAUGUAUUUUCUUGUCUAAGAUUUUCAUAUUCCCUAAUGGAUGCUUUUUGGAUAUCUUCUGAUGGUGCCACUUGUCCCAUGAAUCAGCAGGGUUCCCUAGUGGCCGGCAGUGUCUGGAAGCCUCAGCAUACUCUAGCACAUGUGCCAGGAAGUCAGUCAACAUACCUGGUGAUUAGGAGUGUUUUAAUGACUCAGGCCCACUGGCAGGUUUCCUUAAAUUUCCUUGAACCAAUGUCAUUCUCUGUCAAAGUUUGUCUGCCUAAGAACCUCCUACUUACCUGCACUCCGUGGUGCACUUGCUUCAUUUCCCCUCAGUCUUAACUCCGCCUUCCCCAUCCUCUUGACUCUGAGUUGACUUCACUGCAGUGAAACUAAUGAGGUGCUGCUGCUUUUCCCAAAGCGCCAGGUUUACCCUCCUCUUUAUUGCCAUGGCAUUCAGUCCUUUCUCAUUGCAACCACUUGGAAGUCUGGCCCCUGAGUCUGCUUCUUUACGUGGGAGCUAGUAUUCUCAGCCCAUGGGGAGAAACGGAGGCCUGAAUACAGGCUGUCACCUAAGGUGGUGCGUACAGUGUUGGGCCACAUGUCUAGUGGUGCCAGGACUGAGAGAUCACUUGCCUCCACUGAUUACCCAGGAGGUAAGAGACCGAUCCACAAUGUUCCUGAGGUGUCUUGGGCACCCAUAGGCAGGUGAUUUCUGGCUUAGGGCAGGGUUCAGGAGGCUGGGCACUCACAGUUUCUCUUUGGUCCCACAGAACAUGUUUGGGUUGUGGAAGCCUAUGGUAUUCUUGGCUAUUGCAGCUGUGGCUCUAUAUGUGUUACCCAACAUGCGACAGCAGGAGUCAGAGUUCUGCCUCAUGGAGUGAUGGCAGACCUUGGCCAGCGCGAGGGCAGAUCCCCAGUGGCCACCACCCUCAGCUUUGGGCAGGACACACUGUGCCAGAACCCUCCCCAUAUGUUCCAUGUGUCCCCGUCUCCUCAGCCUCAGUCACCCAGGCUGGAAAGGCUUGUGGGGAGCGGCUGACUCCCAUCUCCUGCCUUGUGUAAGAACCUGAGUUCCUUGUAAUUAAAUAUCAACUGAAUUACA